AUGACUACUUUUGACUUCUCUGAUGUGGAAGCUUUUUUGGACUGCCACCCGGACCUCUUUGAGGAGUAUGUUGUGCGUAAAGGAAAAUGCGAUACGGUGAGCAGGUGGUUGAAGGACCAACAGCCGUCCAAAGUCUCCCUCGCGGAGGAAAAGCGUGGCGGAGUGCCCAGGGACCCGCUCUGGCCGACCAACCCUGACGGUCUCCGGCGCCGAUCCUCCCACAUGGAGCUCCGAAGGAACUUUGCCCGGUCCAAAGCCACCACCGCGCACAGAACCUACGACGAGCACGCCAGUCGCAGGGAACACGAUGAGUCCCAGUCCAGCAUGAGACGCCGCGCGUUACUGCGCAAAGCUAGUUCUUUGCCGCCAACCACCGGGCACAUUCUGAGCGCCCUUCUCGAAUCCAGGGUCAAUGUGCCCCAGUACGCUUCCAGUGCCAUCGACUACAAGUACAGACUGAAGGAGACCAACGAGAGGGAGUUCUUCCUUGAGUUGGUGAAAGAUGUCUCCAAUGACCUGGACAUGACCAACCUGAGUUAUAAGAUCCUGAUCAAUGUGUGUAUCCUGGUGGAUGCGGACAGGUGCUCGCUGUUCCUAGUUGAGGGACCAUCUCACAAGAGAACGCUCGUGUCUAAGUUAUUCGACGUGCACCUGGGCACCACGGUGCGACCCUCUUCCAGCACUCUGAACUCUAACGAGGUGCAGGUGCCGUGGGGAAAGGGCAUUAUUGGAUACGUGGCAGAGCAUGGAGAGACUGUAAACAUACCCAACGCAUAUGAGGACCAUCGGUUCAGUGACGAGAUAGACAAGCUGACCGGCUAUAAGACCCAGUCCAUCCUGUGUAUGACCAUCUGUAACAGUGACGGAGAGGUCAUCGGGGUUGUGCAGGCCAUCAACAAGAACCCAAUCGAACACCUUUUUACGGAGGACGGCAGAAG